AUGCCUGGUCACGGGUUGCAAAGCUGCCACAAUGAUCCUCUGCCACAGCUUGAUGUGACGGGAGACUGUCCGCAUAUCCCCCAAAGAGCCAAGAUGAUCGCAGGAAGCGAAACGACCUCUACCCAGGCGCAAGUCGACACGACAACCUCCGGCUCAAUCACUUCCAGCCUAACCUCCAACAUCGUCGAUGAGUUAAAAUCCUCGGCCCAGUUGCAGCAGGAAGAGAGGAAAUCAACAACGAGUGGAAAAUCCGCAGGUUCGAUCCGCGGCCUUGCGAAACGCAGUUCUCGGACUUUAGAUGACUCCUUUUCUCCAGAAAACGCGGGCCGGCCAGAGGAUACGUGGGACAUGGCGGCAAAUCCCAUGCCUGUGCACUGUGAAGGUGAUGGUGUAACAUAUGUGCCGCCUCCACAGCUGUUCAAGGCGGGCAUGUACCGAGACGAGACGCACGGGAGUCUAAUCCCCGGAGGCCUGGGCGACUCUUUCUCCGCCAAUUCACAGUCGAAGAUAGACUUAAGUUGUCCUCUGGAAAGAUCAUCAUCAAAGAACGAAUCAGAUGGCCGAAGCAUAGACUCGGCAUCCGGGCCGAACACGGCGAAUCAGAACUAUACGUCACAGCCAGCCAGAGACGAGCCAUCCGAUACUGAGUGCUUUUGGAUGUCGGACUGCUCAGAAACCGUUCCCAUUCUAGAAGAUAGACACCACUUUCUGAACGUCAAAUCGGGCAAAGUAAGAGAUGCCCUAGUACGAUUGGAUCGUUGGCGGUCACGCUGGGCCAACAGGCAUAUGCGGCAAGUUUCGGUCCAGAAGAAUUAUACCCAACACAUAGCGACGCGCUCCCACGACGACGACUCGUCCUGCGGAAGAAAGAAUGGCACCAAGUCUGGGAAGAAGGGCGUGACCCAUGGCCCAGAGAGGACUACGACCAAAGGAGGAAAAGAUAACCCAGGCCUUCGAAAGGACGUAUUCAGGUGGCCCGGCGGACAUGCAGGUCAACGAGGGCUCAGCAGCCGUACUGUCCUCUCCCCGCGUUGGCCUGCCCACAUGCCGAGAAAGAUGCGAUGA